GAACCUUUUGUUUUUGUCCAGGUUAUUGUCUAUUUAUUGCCAUCUGCUGUUGAUGCGUCAAGUCUGUUCACAGGCCUCUGUUGAGGGUUUUAUUGGAGGCACUGCUGUUUUACCUUGUUCUUCUGAACAGCGGCAGCUUACAGUUCAAGACAUCACUGUGCGCUGGAGACACAAUGGCUUGGAUGUCCUAGAGAUUAUUGAUGGUACAGUUGCCAAAGCACAGGAUCCAGCAUACAGAAAUAGAGCUCAAAGCAUCCCUGAGCAGUACAAGAACGGAAACUUCUCCAUCAAACUCAGAGAUCUGCAAGACAGAGAUAGCGGAAAGUACACAUGCUAUAUCAUACAGGACUCAAUAAUUAGGAAUGUCAAGCUUAACAUCGAAGCAAGGACAUCAAGACAGAUAGGCAACCAAGGAACAAAACCAAGUCCAGACAUACCUGUAAUGAUUUUUUCAAUUCUGUGUGGUGGCUUUGCAUUUUCUUUAGCUAACUCGGCCACAGGGAUUUUUAUACACCACCUUGUGUCGGUCCCAAGCCCGGAUAAAUGAGGAGGGUCUAGAGAAGGAUGGCGGUACAUUUUAAGUAAAUAAAUGCUUU